UACUUAAAUUUGAAGUAUAUUAUAUCGGUUAUGUAUAGCUGCUCAGCAUGGCUGAGAGUAAUUCAACAACAGGUUGGAAUGAGAUCCUCUUACCCAUGGUCAAGCCAGAGAAUUAUUCAAUUUAAAUACUCGUCAUCCGACAUUGGCAAUAAACGUGAAACUCCUUCGAAAAACAAAGCCAGUCGAGACAAAAUUGACUCCAAGUGUCGAAAGGACGAUUUUAAAGCAGUCCCAAAAUAUACCUACGAAAUUACGCGCAGACCAAAUCAAAGUCAAAAACCAUCGAAGCCUUCCAAGCCAAGCCCCAUUAAAUUUCGAUCCAAAUGGCGCUACGGUUAUAGUGUCUUUCUGGCCGGAUUAUGCUCGAUGCUGUGGGCAGUCUAUGAGCUGGGCAAACCGGAGCACGAUCAGCGUGGACGCAGCAUUGAGGAUGAGCUGAGCUCGUUGCCGUUGCUGCAGCAAUAUGUGCAGCGUAUGUGGCACUCGCUGCAUUACUAUCAGAAGAUGCUGGAAGAGCCGGUGCCCACCAAGCUGGUGCCAGACAUACAGCAGCCUCCGUACGUACAGCCACGCUAUACGCUCGUGCUGGAGAUGAGAGAUGUCCUCGUCCAUCCUGACUGGACAUAUCAGACGGGCUGGCGGUUUAAGAAGCGACCCGGCGUCGAUCACUUUCUGCGCGAGUGCAGCAAACACUUUGAGAUUAUUGUCUACACUGCCGAGCAGGGCACGACCGCAUUUCCCAUUCUGGAUGCCCUCGAUCCGAAUGGAUAUAUACGGUAUCGUUUGGUGCGCGGUGCCACACAGCUGCUGGAUGGUAAGCACAUCAAAAACUUGAAUCGACUCAAUCGCAAUUUGCGGCGGGUAAUUGUCGUUGAUUGGGAUUGUCAGGCUGUUCCACUGCACCCAGAUAAUAUUUUUGCUAUUGCCCGCUGGGUGGGCAACGAUGACGAUGUUCAGCUCUUCGAUCUGGCAGCGUUUUUGAAACUCAUUGCAGAGCAUAAGAUGGAAGAUGUGCGUGAGGUGCUGCACUACUAUCACCAGUUCGAGGAUCCAAUUGAGCAGUUUAAGGAGAAUCAGCGAAAACUGCUGGAAAUGAAGCAGGAGAAGCCGGAUGCCGAAACGGGUUGUUUGAAAUAAAUUAUUAUUCCUGUAUUUUUGUAUUAUUG